UUAAUUUUUUGUAGUUCUUCAGAGCAGCUCAUCAGAUUUGCGAAAAUGUUUGCUACAAUCUUAAAAUUAUUGACCUUGUGUGCCCUUGCACAUUUUUUAAAUGGCCACACAGUGAAGGAGCAACCGAUUACAACCGAACAAAAGUAUCUGAUUGUGCGUGGCGAGGCAUCUGAUGGAUCUGCUGGCUCCCAAGAGCAUCUGGAGUUCAAUGAUGCAGCCAAGUUGCUGUUGACUUCCUUUAAGGCACAAAAGAUACCCGCUAACCAUGGCAUGGAUGGAAUUGAGGAGUGCAGUGAACCAAGCCAUAAAGCCUCCUUUGCUGGCAUUGAUUAUGCAAUUCUGCUGUCCAUGCUGGCUGUCUCACUGGGCAUUGGCAUCUUCUAUGGCUUCUUUCAAACCGGUGGCAGCUCCUCCAAUGAGUUUCUGCUUGGCUCCGGCAUGAAUCUACUCCCAGUUACGCUCAGUUUGACAACGAGCUUUAUAACAGCAAUUGAGCUACUUGGUAAUCCCUCCGAGAUGUACUUUCAAGGAACACAGUUUGUGCUUAUUGUAAUACCCAUGGUCCUGGUCAUUCCUGUCGCCGUGAAGAUCUUUUAUCCCAUCUACUUUAAAAUGGAACUAACCAGCUGCUAUGAGUAUCUAGGCAUACGCUUUGGCAAAGAGAUUCGCAUUCUAGGAGCUGUCCUCUAUGUCAUACAGAUGUGUUUUUAUACCGCUGUUGCUGUACUUGCUCCGGCUAUUGCUUUGUCCAAGGCAACGGGAUUGGAUACAAAGAUUGCAGUGAUCCUAAUUUACGUUGUCUGCGUCUUUUACUCUUCAAUGGGCGGCAUUAAGGCUUGUGUCAUCGCAGAUUCCUUUCAGGCUGCCGUUUUGGCCGUGUCAUUGGUACUGAUUGUCGGUCUGGGCUCAUUUUAUAGCGGCAAUCCAGUGCAGGUCUUUCAAACUGCAGCUGAUCGCAGUCGCCUUGAAUUUUUCAAUUUUAAUCCAGAUCCAACUGUACGCCACACUGUCUGGUCUGUGGUCAUUGGCGGCUUCUUCUAUUGGACCUCGCUCUUCUGCACCAAUCAGGCUUCUGUGCAAAAGUGCAUGUCUCUGAAAUCCCUUAAGCUGGCAAAGAUUGCAUUGGGAUUUGCUAUAAUUGGACUGAUUAUCGUAUUUCUACUUAAUUUCUAUACUGGCCUGAUGGUCUUCAAUCAUUAUGCGGAUUGUGAUCCAUUGCUUGUGGAUCGCAUCACGGCAUCGGAUCAAUUGUUGCCCUAUUAUGUGAUCAACACCUAUGAGAAUAUCUAUACUAUAGCUGGAAUCUUUGUGGCAGGAAUCUUUGCUGCGAGCUUGGGGACUGUCGCCUCGGCAUUGAACUCAUUGUCAGCUGUCACUUGCGAGGAUUUGCUCAUCAAUGGCAUGAACAUUAAGAUUUCACCUGAGAAAGGUGCUACAUAUGCCAAAUGGAUGUCCUUGGGCUUUGGUGUGGCCUCCUUUGGCUUGGUAUUCAUUGUGGAGCAUCUGGGUGGAGUUCUCCAGGCGACUUUGACCCUAAAUGGACUCAUUGGGGGCGUUACUUUGGGCCUCUUUGUCCUGGGGAUUGCCUGCAAACGGGCGAAUACCAAGGGCGCCUUCUACGGCGGUCUGUUAUCCCUAGCCUUGGUCGUAUUUGUGGGCGUGAUGUCACAAAUUGUCUCUCUGGAAAUUCCAACGUUGCCCACUUCCGAUGAACAGUGCGAUUGUCAUGUGAAUGUGACAGGAAUCAUCGGAGACUUACUCAGCGAAAGCUUGCGAUCAGAAACAGUUCAGGAGGGAUUCGCAUCCUGGUCAAUAUUCCGUCUGAGUUACAUGUGGUUCAGCAUGAUCGGCUGUUUGUUAACCGUAUUUCUGGGCUGGCUUAUAUCGCUUAUCAUUGAUGCAUUGCAGAGACGAAGUGUUUUGAAGAUAACUGGAAAGGGCAUUGAUAAUCCUGCCAUCUCUGAUGAGGUUUUCAAGAGUGAUAGUCCUGUAAUGUGCACCACAUUGAAGCCAAUUGAGGCAACAAGUGUAGAAGGUCAUAUUAAUCUGGCCAUACGCAUCGACGAUGAAGAUGAUUCCAAAUAGGUUUUCCACACGACAACCAUGCAAAAUCGAAACCAAAAUAAUAUAUAUUCCUGAUACUGUUACUGAACCUGUUACCGUAACUGUAACUGUAAGUGUAACCUCCAUGUACAAAGUUAUCGUAUAAUUUGUAGUUAAUUCGAGUCGCAAACCCUAUUUACUAAGUUUAGUCGAAAGAGUGAUUUUUCAUUUUUAAUUAAUAAGCAAUUAUCUGCUAUUCCAGUACAGUAUUUUAUAAACUUUACUUACUAUGUACGACUAUCAUUAAUAUGUGUGAAUUUAUUUUAGAUCUAGGCUAAUUUACAACGCCUUUUGUUGCGUUAACAUUAAACUCGUAAAUUGAAUAAAAGCUGUACAAUGAGUACUGUGAGUACACUGAGA